AGAGUUUGUUCUGUUCUGUUCUGUACAUGAAUUGUUGUCCUGGUCUCGUAACUACUUGCCCAAAAUGGCUCCGAAAAAGAAGAAACAAAGCAAAGAGCCGGGAGGCUCUGAAAAAGACAUGGAAAAGAGAGCAGAAAGAGAAACGCAGUUACAGAGACAGUUAGAGUCUCUGACCGAAACACGCAAUAAUCUAAGGAGGACGGUACAACAACUACGAAGUGACAAUGUGCUUCUUCGAAAUGAGGUCGACCGGAUACGCAUGGAGACGGAAGAGUUCAAAACAUAUAUGUCAAAGCUAAUGCAGAAGCGCCACAAUGAGAGUGUUGCUCUGAGUGAUCUGAGGCAGCAGAAGCUGGAAGAGCUCAAUAAAAGGAGAGAGGAGAUGGUGGAGAAACAUAGCGAGCAGGUCAAUGCCCUGAAGAACAAGAUUUUGGAGAAGGAGAAUGAGUUGGCUCAGCUGAAACUUGAAUCAGCUGAGCUUGGGGAUAUGAAGAGUCUGCGGCAGCAGCAGUUGGACCGUAUAGCUGAGUUGGAGCAGGAGGUGGUAUCUGAACACUGUCAUUACUCUGAACUUCUUAAUGCUCAGAAAGCGAACAGCUUCAGAGAGAAGGAGCGGCACAAGGCAGCAUCUAAAGUUACAGUGCGGGAGUUCGCACUCAAAGCUACAAAGGAAGCAUCUGUCUCUCUGCUGUCUCACAUGCAGCAGGAGUCUGAAGAGAGCCAUCGUCUGCAUGAGGAACUGCAGCAGCUUAUCCAAAGAGCCCAAACUUUGCGCUGCCACCAUCAGCUCCUGCAGAAGCAGCGCAGACAACUGCUGAUGGAGAAAAAGUUUGGGCAGGAGCUGCAGUGUCUGCGCAUCUCUAAAGCACAAGGGGCAUCAGCACAGGAGUCGCUGAUUAAAACUGACAGUUCCCUGGAUAAUAAAUAAUAAGCCAUGAUUUGAUUAGUUUCAUGUUCAUCAGAUAGAGUAUACUGUAUAUGUUGAUCAUGCUGUAAUUUUUAGCUAUUGAUUUUAACCUGAUAAAUAACAUAUUAGUUCCUUGUGAAAUGUCAGCAUAAUUAAAUAAUCUUUAAUUCUUUGGCAAGCUCUUUGCAUUAGUGUGUACAUAAGGAGUUAUUUCUCAAAUCAUAAUUAAAAUAGGGUGUUAUUUCUGAAA